AUGGACGAAGAUGUUAAACGUAGACCUGUAAGUGACAUUAUUGGACGGUUUGAAAAGACUCAGUUUUCAACGGAAGCCAAGAAGCGAAGACCUCAAAUAAAUCCUAAGCCACCAUUCGUCCAGCCAGGCCUCAGAAACGUCACUUCAUCUCAGACCAUUCAACACAAGCAGGAUUCGGUGUCUGCUGUAGAUCAUUCCUAUACGUCUAGUCAAGUACAGCUCCGACAUUCAACAAAUGUGGAGACUGGCAGGACACAAGGACUAGACUCUACGAAUGCUAAUAGCUUUCCAACUAAUAGAUCUGUUAGGUCAGUGCUUAAUGAUCAAAUCGAUCUUCUAUUGAUUGGAAAAACUGGAAAUGGUAAAAGUGCUCUUGGUAACUCAAUUAUAAAAUACAAAGCGUUUGUAAGUGAGCCUUCUAGUACUUCUAUUACUAAAGAAGUCAGCGAUGAGUCGAAUGAAGUUAAUGGAAGGACUAUCAAAGUAGUGGACAGUCCAGGAGUUGGCGACACCGACUGGGCAAACGAUGAAACUACAAACUUUGUAGUCAAUGCACUGUCCCAGGCUAUCGCUAUCAACCCAGAAGGCUACCACGGCUUUCUUUUAGUUGUGAGAUUCGGUGGUCGAUUCACAAAAGAAGAUCAAGGGACUGUAGACUACUUAAAGAAAGUAUUUGGUCAGAGUUUUGUCAGGAAGUAUUGUAUACUGGUCUUGACCUAUGGCGAUCAGUUUGAAGCUCAAGUAAAAGUCAGUUUCCAAGAUUGGAUACAAUCACAAAAUGGUGUUUUGUCUGACUUGGUGAAAGAGUGUAACAACAGAGUGAUUUUAUUUGAUAAUCAAACAACAGACGAACACAAGAGACAAAGACAAGUCAGUGAACUGAUAGAGAUUGUUGAUAGCCUUAAACAGGAGAAUAGUCGCUACUCAAACGAACAAUUUGAUCUUGCAAAAAAUGAGAGAGAAUUCCUAGAGCUUACUUCAGAGGCUCCUUUAAUAAAUGAUAAAGCUAUGACGAAAGCUGACGUAAUUUUUAAACAAUUUAAACGAAUACAAGAGACAUUUAUAGUUAAUUAUGAUCCUUCACCGUUAGAGCAACUUUUAGACGAGAUCAAAACAUUGUAUGACUCAAUAAGGCAAAAAGAUAACAAAACUGGAGUUUUGGGCGACUUGCUAAGAAACCUGGAGAGUCUUAAGUCUUUAAUAUGUUCUGAAAUACAGUUCUGCAGGAGGAUGCCUGAGGUAGAAAAACAAAUUAGUCAAAAAUAUGACAAUCAGUUAGAAGAAUCAAAUCAAAAGCUAAAAGACGCCAAGCUUAACUUUGAUCGCCUUAGCCAGGAAAGAAAGAAAUUCGAAUUACACAAUAUACAGAAAUUGGAAGAAGAAAUUCGGAAACUAAAAAGAGAAAAAGAGGAACUGGAGAUGAACCAAUCGGACCGCUCUUUACAGUUUAGGUUGAUAACUACUACAAUUCCUGAGAUUGAUGAACAGUAUACAAAAAUUAAAGAAAAACAUAGAAAAAAUGUCUUGUCUUCCCUGUUUCAUAAGAUCGCGAAGACUUUCUCGAAAAAAACAAAAGAAAUAGAUCUAACAACGGAACAGGACGACUUAGAAAUAGAUGUAAGGCAAUUUAUGUAUUAAUCUUACUGUUAAGGAAAGGUAAUAAACUAGACAGAGGUCGGCCAUCUUUUUGACUUGGUGGGCCAAAAAGCAUCAUGUUUCGCGGCUAAAACUUUUUUGUUAUAAAAUGUGACAUAGUAACAAAAUUUAAACUCCAUAUCUUCAAUCUAUAAUUAUUUUUCUAGUAUAUAAGCAGCAGUACUACUAGAAUAUAUUUGAAUAUUUCAAUAUUUAGUUGUAGUAUUUACAAAUAAAGUCUUAAUAACUUCAUAAUAUUGACUAUUUCAUGCAUGCAUACUGUGAAGUAUGGAUGGCAGCCUGGUGUUGUGUAAUGUUAGAUAUUUAACAAUAAUUAAAUAACAAACUUAAAUACCAAAAUACCGGACACAAAUAUUUCUUCUUCUGUAUGUGAAAAAUAUGUCUGAACACAAACACUCAUGCAAAACAUAGAUAUGCAUAAUUAUUUUUAAAGAAAUAAUACAAUAAACGUACAUAAUGUAUUUCGCCCCAAAAACGUCCGUUGCGCUAAAACGGCGGCGCCAAAAUGACCUUCGCGCCUGCUUCGAUCUAUCGUAUAUCAACAUCGCAUAUCAACUUUCUUAUAUCAACUUUGCAUAUCAUCUUGUUAUAUCGACUUCUCUUAUCAACUUUAUAUAUCAACUUUUAGAUUAGCUUCUAAUAUCAACUUCUUGUAUCAACUUCGCAUAUCAACUUUAUAUGUCAAGUUCUUGUUUCAACUUCGGAUCUUGUAUUUACCAAUUGGCCAUUCAACACUAGGAAUGUACCUGGAAACCAGUUUCGCGACAAUUCAAACGAGUCACUCUCUUUAUUUCUAGUAUAAUUUAUUAGCGACAUCUCAUAUCAAAAGCUAUGAGCUACAUAGAAAAAAAUAAUAUGUCUUUAACCUGCAGUUUGGUAGCAAAAUCUUUUAGUAUGAUAUAACUGCAGACCAGAACGCCAGGUUGAAAAGCGGAAGACGAUAUUAUAUUGUUUUCACAGACGUUUAGUUUUAUUUUUCAUUAAAUAUGGAUUUGUUAGCACUUCUUCUCUAUAGCUAAGAAGAUUCUUGUAACAGAUUCCACAAUUAAGGGUAUUGAAUAAUGCCCUUUUUUUUUUUUUAAUCGCGCAUAGGAUUGGCUUUUUCCAUAUUGAGUAACAACUCAAAAUGACAAUUUUUGUCUAUAUUUCAGGAGAUUUGUAUGAGUUUCCAAAAGAUUUUAAUAAUUUCCGGAGAUUUCUAGUACGUUUUUGUAUAUUUUGCAAUUUCAGGAGAUUUCCAAGAGCUCCUGGUACAUCAGGAGGCAUUGGUAAAUCUGUUAUAAGUUAUAUAAUGGUUAAAUGUAAUAAUAUACACCUGGAAUUAGCGCGGGUCCUAUGAAAGUGCGGGGCCCAGUGAGGUCGCAUAGGUUGCAGUAGCCUAAUGCCAGAACUGCAAAAUACGAGCAUAUGCUACGCCGUUGGUCGACUAGUUUAUCUAUAUUUAAAUAUCUGUAUGUCUCUAUUUACAGUGGUACACAGUGAACAGACAAAACAUCGUCAAGAAAUUAGUGCCGACAAAGUAACGUACGACAAAAUAGCGCCGACAAAGUAACGUACGACAAAAUAGCGCCGACAAAGUAACGUACGACAAAAUAGCGCCGACUAAAUUGCGCCGACAAAAAAGAGCUGAUAAAAUGGUGCCGUUAUUUAUUUUCUUAAAUAUUCUCUUUAUUUUGUAAUAUUUCAUUACAUUUUACUGAUUACAUUUAAAAUAUUUAAUUUAUUUUAAAAAGAUAAAUAAUAAUGUACAAAUCUAUCUAUAUAUAUAUAAAUAAAGAUUUAUUUGUUUCA